AUGCGUCCGAUUCUCGUUCUCAUUCUGUCGGCACUCAUCGCGUUGAAUUCUGCGUAGUUUGUAUCACUGAAAACCAUUUUUUCGCCGAAAUUAUCGAUUUUUCAGUUCAACUCCCGAGAUGUCGGCCAGAAAAGCGGUUCGCGUGGCGUUUGCGAAAUGCGUCGGCGCCGUGGAGCCACGUUCCAUCGUUCAAGAGGUAUGCAAGUGCGCUCCAACUGAAAAAAAAACAAUUCCGUACACUCUUUUAGGCCAUUCGUGUGUCCGCCGACCGAAUUUCGAUCGGAAAUUCCCAUUUUCCCCGCUCAAAUGCCACGAAAAUCGUGUUGCUCGGUUUCGGAAAAGCCGUGCUUUUGAUGGGCCGUGGAGCGGGCGAUCGGCUCACGGCGCCACUGCUCCAGAAGACAUUUUUGAUUGCGCCGAGCGAACAGAAACCGAAAAGUCCAGAAAAUUCGACGCGAAUCCGCGAAAUCUGGUACGGCGGCAGAAAUAACCUGCCGGACGCGAAAUCGGUGAGCGCCACGACGAGCAUGCUCAGCGAAAUCGAUCGUCUCGAUUCGCCCGACACCAUCUUCGUUUUUCUGAUUUCGGGCGGUGGCUCGGCGCUCUUUUGCUCGCCGCGUCGAAACCUUGUCGUGGAGGACAAAGUCAAGACGAUCAAAGCGAUGCAGGCGGCGGGCGCGACGAUCCAGCAGCUGAACACGGUCCGCCAGAAUAUUUCGGAGGUGAAGGGCGGCAAAGUGCUGCGACGGAUCCGCCACGGCCAGUCCGUCUCGUUGAUCAUUUCGGACGUCAUCGGCGAUCCGAUCGAUCUGAUCGCCGGCGGACCCACGGCCAUCCCCACGCAGUCCGAGGGCUCUGUCGAGCACAUUUUGAAGGAUUUGGGAGUUGGCCAGCGGGAAUUAGGGUCUGUUGUGUGGAGCGCGCUCAAGCAAAAGGAGAAAGGUGAGAUCGGUUGAGCAUUUUUUUGGAAAUACUUAAAACUGGCGCUCAAAUCUUCCAGACACGUCCCCGAUCCGCAAAGAUCACUUCGCCAACCACAUUAUCGCUUCGAAUCGGAUCGCGCUCCGUGCCGCCUACGAAUCGCUGACUUCCGCCGGCUUCCACACCUCCAUAAUCACGUCAUCUCUUUCCGGAAACGCCGCCGAAAUCGGCCGCCAAUUCGCCGACCUGAUCGCCUCCGAAUCUUUCGAUUCGCCGCUUCUCAAAAACGCCUCCGCAAACCUACAAUAUCCGAUUGCGCUUCUUUUCGGCGGAGAAACCACCGUGAAAUUGGCUGCUCACCCCGGAAAGGGCGGUCGCAAUCAGGAGAUGGUGCUCGCGUGUUUCGAUGCUCUCAAAUCCCAAACUCCCGCUCAUCAAUUCGUGUUCCUGAGCGCCGGAAGUGACGGUCAGGACGGUCCGACCGACGCCGCCGGGGCCAUCAUUACCAAUUCGGACCUUCUGGUUCCCUCGCCGACGUCUUCCGCAUCCCUGGCCGCUUCGGAUUCGUACAACUUCUGGAAACACUUCAACAACGGGAAAAGCCAUCUGAUAACGGGACCGAGUGGAACAAAUGUGAUGGAUAUUCAGAUUUUGGUGCUGAAUAAAUUGUAA